UAAGAGACAAACGUGGGGUGGAGGAAGGCGUCUGUGUGCAUCGCCCCUUUAUCACAGGACUGUGAGUCUCACACCAAGGCGUCUGCCUCACCCCUUCAUCACAGAACCCAGUCUCCCCCUUCCCCUUAUGUAAGCUGUGACUCUGGGCAAGGGUGUGUGCUUUUUUCCCGCCUGGGCCCAUCCUGCUUGGUGUCAGCAAUGAGUUAGUUCCAACUUGAAACCCCCUUCCCUGUACAAGAGACAGAGAGAGAGAGAGAGAGAGAGGGAGAGAGAAGGGGCAACUUCUCUCCAUGAGCACCUUCAUUCUUUGAUGAGAAUAUCGCAGCUCACCCAUACCGGGUUGCAGGGUGAGAGUGAGGGAAAGAGGAAAGAAAGGGGACUCCCAAAGAAGGGGUGAGAUGCAAGACCUGGACGAGAGAGACAUCCACCGCUGCGCUGGAGAGAGGGGGCCGGCAAAAUCAGAGAGGUGGGAGAGGUGAUGGAAAGGCGCGCAGUGGGGGACGCCUGCUCUCCCCCCACCCUCCCCAUCUGCAAAGGGAGGCCCCCCGCCCAGUGCCGCAGCCCCUCCCCGCGCGCUCGCCCCCGCGCCUCCCUCCCGCGCCCCCGCGCCCCCCGCCGCCAGUGGACGGCUGCGCGCUGCUGCCCGCGGGGCUGGCGUUUCCACCUGUCACCGCGCCGCCUCCGCCCCAAGUUUUCGGGGGACUUGCCCGGCGCGCCGCCUUCCUCCGGCUCUCCCCCAUGGCCGCCGCCCCCUCCUCCCGGCCACCCCCCGGGCCCCCCGGGUCCCCCGCCCAGCCCAGCGGCCACCGGGCCCGGUGAGCGCCAGCAGCUGGGGGGACCCGGGCGGUGGGAGCCCCGCGCGCAGCCGCCUGCAUCCGAGCGCGCCGGCCUCCGAGCAGCCACCACUGCCACCACCGCCGCCGCCGAGCAGCCACCCAGGCAGCGUCCGUCCCGGGCACGGAGCAUUGCGGAUGCGGCGCGGGGCUGGCGCGGGGCUCCGGGCGCGCUCGGGGGUCGUGAGCGCCGCGCCCCGCGCCCCCGCGCGCCCCCCGCCCUCCCGCGCGCCCCGCUGGGGCCAUGCAGUCUCUCAUCUCGCCGGUGACCAAGGCGAUCCUGGUGGCCCUCUUCAUCUUCGCCAUCCUCCUCAUCCUCUACGUGAUCCUCUGGUACAUCUGCCGCGAUGUGGACUGUGACCACGGCAUCUGAGCGCCGCGGACCCCCGGGGUCGCCACGCGGGGGGCGCCCCCAGCGCCAGGGCCAUGGGGACUGAGCCGUCCCGCGGUGCCCCCCAGCUCGACGCCCGCGCCCCCUACUCCGGGCCCCACCGCGCGCCCUGCACCUCCACCGCCUCCUGGCCUUGACCUUCAGGGACGCACCGGGGAGAGCGGGGCCCUUAAAGUGAUGGAGUGGCUGUGGAGUCUUCAGUUUGCCUGCAUGCCAGGUGCAAGCCAGGGAGGUGUAAGAGCAUCCCCCUCAUAAGCUACCAAUAGGCCAGGACUCCAGUGUGGAGGGAUGGAUCUCUGAAGGUCACUGCUUGGCCCUUCUCUGAAGACCGUCCACCAGCAUGUCAGCCCAGCUGCACUGCAGGAGUGAAGGGUGAGAUGACUGUCAAUAAGGAUAAAGGCCAUCUUCCCCGCCCGUCACUCAUUCUGCCAAGCCAUCACUGGGCAACCAGGACUCAUGGGCAGUGUCACCUCUGGGGCCAUGCUGGCAUCUGUAACCUCCAUUCCAUCCUUGUGGUCCCAUCCAGCCAUCUCUGCCCCCUUGCCUGGCCCAUUCUGUUGUGAAGUUUUCGUCUGCCUUGCUCUUGUGCAGAGUCGGAAUUCACAGGGGUUCCCAUGCCCAAGGGAAGCCCAGUGGAACUAUUUACUCUUAUUACUGGCUAGAGACGUCCAGAGGACAAAUCAGCUUCAGAUUAUACUGUCGUUAGAGUAGGUGCAACUGGGGGGCCUUGCUCUACUUAACUCUCCAAUGCAAUCCAUGCUGCCAGCUUCAUACAGACUCCAUCCAGUGCAAGUGGCUUCCUUCUGUGUGCAGAGCAAAUGCUCCAGGGAAGAGACACAAAGGAUUCCCCAUCAUCAUUGUUGCCAAGUGACCCCAAAUAUUCCUAUCCUGUCUGUUGUAAAAAGGAAAAAUCAUGUCUUGGAAGAACAGCAUCGCCCUACAGAUACAGACUAGACACUUUGCACAUGAAACAAGAGUCCCAAAAAUUUCUAGAAGCAAAUCUCGCAUUCGUGACCACCAGACCUACGGGAUGUGUAAGGCACAUUCUCAAUCUUAUCACUUGUGAGAGUUGCAUUGCCUAGUCCAGCAGCCGCGAAGGACUCUCUGCUGUUUUUCCUCUGCUUCAUUUAACACAUGAGAGUGAAGAGAUGAAGAUCGAGGCGGGCCCUGCACCAGGGGACAUGUAUAUCUCUCUGAAUGUCCUUGACAGACAGCAGCAGCCCAGCGAUGCCCAGCCCCCAUCCUGUCUGUAUGCACCCUGGUGAGCAUUUUCUACAGUCUCCUAAACGCUCCCAUUAUUCUGUUUUGCAGGUGUGAUAUGUGGCACCUCAGUGUUGUCAUAGCUUCUGCCUCCUCCAUGUGGAGAGAGGGCAUAAAGACAGAGCUGAGAUAUUAUGGCUAUUCCAGAAAAUAAAAUAUUUUUUGAAACCA